GGUACUGCCGCGCCUGCCUGAGCGCAGCGUCCGCAGGCGGCGGCGCCGAGGCCGACAAGAGUCCCAGCACCGAGGACGCCCUCGGCGGCGGCCCGUUCGAGUCCACCUGGAUCCUCGGGUCGCUGGCCCAGGCCCUGGAGUUCCCGCUCGACACCUACCGGCCCCUGCCGCCCUGGGCCCAGGAGAACAGUUCCGACGAGCUGCGCAAUGUCAAGGUUGAGGCGAAGGCCAGCCUCGACGCCCCCAAGAGCAUCUCGUCGGCGAACAUAGGCAACGUUCAGCACAUGGAGCGGACACAGAACCCGUCGAACAUCGGGGCGCUGCCCGUGGUCUCCAAGCUGGAGGACUUGGACCUCUUCUACGCCGAGGA